CAUGCACCAAAACCAACACAACAACCAACAGUUCAAAAUCCAGCACCACAACAACAACCAAAACCAACAGUUCAAAAUCCAACACAACAACAACAACCAACACAACAACCAACAGUUCAAAAUCUAGCACCACAACAACCACAAACAGAGCAAGGACAUAAAAGAAGUAGAGAACAAGGAAACCAAGAAUUCUUAAAAAUGCUUAAGGAAAAUUAUGGUUACCCAGAUACUCUUGACUUUAGUGACAGAUAUAAAGAAGCUAUUAGAAAGUUCAAGGAAGGAAAUACUGACCCGAACCUAUUUAGCUUUAUGGUUCAGCACCAAAUGGGAUAUAAUUUCAAACCUGGAAAAUACAAGCUCGCUAAGGGAUAUGAUUUAAUAGCAUAUCAUCCAAAUGACAUGGAUGAAUUUACUCCAAGAUAUUUGGUGUCAGAGAUAAAUGAUAAUUCAACUAUCUUCAUGAAACGCGUAAAAAAUAGAGACGGAACGAAAGAAGAAAGGGUUAUGAAUGCGGAUGGCUUAAAUAGGGAACUUGUUAAAAACGGUCUCGGAAUAUAUGAAAUGCCAGCAGAUGAGGUACAAGAAACUCCACAGGAAGAAGUUCAGAUACAACCAGACAUGGAAGAAAUAGUUCAGCAACAACAGCUAGAAGAGCCUGAAGGAAACGAACAAGUCCCUCCUUUGGAAACUAACUUCACAGAACUAGAUGAAGAUUUGGAACAGCCGAAAAAUCUUGACCCUCAACAAGAGUAUGCGGAGAAUAUGGAAUCUUUCCAAGAGUCUAAGAAAAAUUCGGCUGACAUAGUAGAAGAAUAUCGAAAAAUGUUCGCCGACAUACAAAAGACUCCAACAUCAGAUGAAAAUAUUCAGCAUAGAAUGGAAGAACUGAAAGAUAAUGUACACAAAUACAACAAUCCUUUUUACUUACGAGCAUAUAACGUUCAAUCUUUGGAUGAACUCGGUGAAAAUAAAAGGUUAAAUUUCAACAAAACAUAUAGAAAUGAAACAUUGUUUAAAGUUCAUUCAGAACCUAGCCAAUAUGGAAACAAACCUACUUUUGUUUCUGCAGACGAUGGAACUACAAUGAGAUGGGGUCAUAAAGCUAAUCCGGAUAGGUGGUUCAUAAACUUACAACCACAAUUCCAAGAAGUUGUAG